AUGGACGUCACCAUCCAGCACCCGUGGCUGCGCCGGCCCCUGGGCCCCGGCUUCGGCCCCUUCCUCGCCAACCGCCUCUUCGACCAGCGCUUCGGCGAGGGGCUGCUGGAGAGCGACCUGGCGGCCCUCUGCCCUGCCGCCGGCCUCGGCCCCCUCCAUGCCCGCCCCCCUGGCGUGGCUCUGCCCGACACCGGCCUCUCCGAGAUGACGCUGGACAAGGACCGGUUCUCAGUGCUGCUGGACGUGAAGCAUUUCUCGCCUGAGGAGCUGAGCGUGAAGGUGGUGGGUGACUACGUGGAGGUGCACGCCAAACAUGAGGAGCGUCCGGACGAGCACGGCUACAUCUCCCGCGAGUUCCACCGGCGCUACGGGCUGCCCCGGGGCGUGGACCCUGCCACCAUCACGUCGUCCCUCUCGCCUGAUGGCAUCCUCUCCAUCACAGCGCCCACCAAACCAGAGGGCAAGGCCCAGGAGCGCACCGUCCCCAUCACCCACCAGCAGAGCCCCGCCGUCACCGGGAAAUAG